UUCAGCGACAAGAGGAGUUUCUCAACUUGAGCACCCUCAAGUGGACUGAAUCUGGCCACAAGAAUCAACACAAGCUCACCGAGGAGCGUCUUGUUGGUGGAGUAUUUUUUUUUUUCUUUUGGUGGAAAAUUCGUAGUGCGACGGAAGGAAAUAUGUAGAGAAUAUUGUGACACAUCCGGAGGCGUUUGUUGUGUUGUUUCCCAUUUGAAACGUGACCAUUGUGCUGUUUUGGACGAAUGACUGACCAAAUGAGGCUUUGAUGGGGAAAUCAGGAGAAAUUGGUGUGAAGUAUUGCAAGCGAAAAAGGUGCAAAUAAGGAGUGAAGAUUCUCACAAGCACAGAAACUCAAGUGUUUCAGUGCAGAAAUAUUGGUUGAUCGACUUUUGGAGAGGUGGAAAAAAAAGGAAGAAAACGCGUCGAGAGACUUUUUGGAGUGUCGAUUGUCUAUUUAUAAUAUCUUGUUGCUGCCGAUAGAAACCAUCAACUGCUGCUGUUGAAGAGCGCGCGCGCGCUUCUGCAACAAUGCUGUCUACGUGGAGGAUCACCAAUAUUCGAUAUUCCGUCUUCUUGGCCGUCGGAUGCCACAUUCUCACAGCCGCAGCCGCGACAGGACCGUGCGAGAAGGGCUCGUGGUGGCAUUCAGCCGAGAAUCGCUGCAUAGUUUGUACGCAAUGCGAGGAAGCCACUCUCAGGAUGUGCCAGCCACACACUGACACCGUUUGCGGCACCUUUCAGGACCUGGGAAUAGAUUCUCACGUCCUUUCCCGGAUAGAUCCCCGACACGAAGCACCCCACGAGCCUUAUUCGGGCUCGAGCACGGAUGACGACCUGGAGGAGUGGAAUUGGCAGGCAACAUUUCUUGCCAUGGCUGCUGUCGCCUGCCUCCUGUUCUUCUUCGCAGCUGCAAUAAUCACUCUUCAGCACGCCCGACAGUGGCGGAUGGAGAGGAAAUUCGAUGCCGACAUGGAGGAGAUGUCAGCACGACUAAUGGCCAAAUUGGCGCAAGUACAAAGUCUCGAGAACAGAACGAUCUUCAUUGAGGAGCCGAGUCUCGAGCGCAUCGGGAAGCCCCUCGAAGUUCACUGUGUCUACCUCGAACAGCUGUUGGCUGGAAAGAACUUCAAGAAGUAUCCUGGCAAGGGAAACGUCUACAUUGAGGAGAACACAUCGAAAUAGCCGCGCGGACGAUCUUAACGGUCUCUCAGUGGGGAGAGAGACGCAAAAUAACAUGUUUUGUACAUUCUGUAAAUACUUUUACACCAUCACAAAGCAAUAAAUGAGAGGAAAAUA